AUGGUUGUACACAUUCAUCUGGAUAAGCCAAUCACUGAGAGCGAUGCAGUGAAACCAGUGAAAUUCCUGCGCGAAGGUGGGUCUGACCCAGAGGAGGCUGCUGCCGUGAAAACAGUUGGGUGGGGUUCCUUGGACAACCUGGGAGGACGACCAGACAAAUUGCAAGAGCUCGGUAUCAAAGUCAUGGAUCGAUGGCUCUGUGGCCGCGGUGACUACUAUGGAACAAAGUUCACAAACAACAUGCUCUGUGCUGCAGAAAAACCAAAGGACACCUGUGAUGGUGACUCCGGAGGUCCUCUCUUAUACAAGGACAUUGCUGUGGGAAUAACCUCUAAUGGAGGGAAGAAAUGUGGCACCACCAAAAAGCCUGGACUCUACACGAUCAUCUCCCACUACACUAAGUGGAUUGACAGUAAAAUCACCCAG